AUGGCUCCCCGAUCACAGCUCGGCAUGCGCACGCUCCUCGGUCUCCUCUCCGUCGCCGUUCCGAUUCUCGUCGCGCUCAUCCCGACCGUCCAUUCCCGCGGUUUGGCAUCCUCGGUCUACGACGGCGGCGUUCCCACCUCCGUUAUUCUGUCGAGAUUGAGAAGAGGCCUGUCGCCGGACUUGCCACGCGUGCCCCUGCACGUCGUUUUCCACGGCACGUGGGAAGCUGCUGACGUGUCUCUUGUGGAAGAUUUCAUCAACGAGUUGCCAGCGCGAGGUUACGAAUCGCUGGCUCAGCUGGGAUCCGUGGCCGUCGAUAACAACCACUACGGCGUCAACUCAGCUGAAGCCGUCCAGCGGCAGAUUGACAUCGGCGCGCUUCCAUUCGACCGCGCCGCACUCUACCUGCUGGUUACCAGCGGCGACGUUGCAGUAACAAUCGGCGGCGAAACUUUCUGCGAAGACUACUGCAGCAAGCAGUCGACACUUGAGCUGCGCGGACCCGAUGGGUCCGUCGGAGAAACGAAGUUCAUCCACGCGGGUGACGUGUUCGCGCGCUGCCCCGACCGCUGCACCUUCCGCGCCGCUCACUCAGCUGAGCCCAACCCACUCCGCCACCUGCUUCGCCACCUAGGCUCGACGAUUACCGAGUCUGUUCCCGGACCUGAUGCCGGGCCCAUCACGGCAUCCGAGUUCCCCGACCGCGAGCCACUGCCUCCGGCCACUGUUGCCGAGCCAUCUGCUUCUGGUUCGGCAGCAGAGCAAGAGGAGGGGAACGCCACUGCCGCCCCCGCUACAACCGCCAAGAUGUGUGCCGCCUACCCAACGGAGACCUUCAUCCAUGCCAUUACGUACGGAAGCAACUCCUCGGGUGUUUUGUCAGGUGCCCUUGCAGGCGACAUCGCCACAUGCGCAGCUGCUUCUGUGGGGGCCAUGGUUGUGCCUCCAACCGUUGCUGGCCGGGCCAAGUAA